AUGGAAAUCAAUAUCAAUGAAUCAAUUCAACUUGCAAAUUACCAUCAUACUUGUUAUGGCAAUUUGGAAAGAGUAGGUAAAUUAGUAUUAGAUGAUACUACUACUACUACUGCUACUAGUAGAUUACGUUAUAGUAAAACUAGGUGGCCUCGUGUUCUUGUUCUUGAUACCGAUACUUUAGUUGUUUUCAUCAAAGUAUAUUGUAGUUCUUUAAAGAAUAUUGAUACAAUGGAUCAAUAUAUCAGGCAGCUUCAUAUCAUCAUUAAUAACAACUUGCCGGUGUCUAGAUGCGUGUCACGACCAGAAAUGUUCAAAUCAUUAAUUUCUGCCUCAAAGGCAAACACUAUCAUCAAGUUUGCAGGACGCGAUCUCGAUGACGAAUCCAUUCUACAACUAUUCUAUAGUAUUCUUACCACUGAUGAAAUAGGUUGCAUCUACAUCAUAUCAUCAUUUUUACCUUAUUUGAAUUCAAUCAAUGAUUUACCAAUUGAUGAAUUAAUAGAUUAUUGUAAUUUUGGAGGAUAUCCAGUUGAAAUAUUGGUUGCUGAAAUGUUUGCCAAACAUAUCAUCUCUCGAUAUGACGAUCGUCAAUUAUCAGAACAUUAUUUCAAUUCUGUUGGAGUUGUUAAUCUAUUCCUAAAGUUGAUUAGAUAUGAACAAAAUAAUAAUGAAUUCUCUAUCAUUAAAAAAGGAGCUAUUAUUAUGUUUCAACAUAUUGGUUUGGAAUCAAUUGACAAUGCUGAUUUCUUGGAUAAAGAUGAAAAAAAGAUUGCAAACUCUUUGUUAAAGAAACACAAAUCUAGAUUAUCAAAAUAUAUUGACAAUAUAUUGAUCAACAAAGAUUUGCCAGUUCGAAAUAUAGUUUCAUCUGGUUUGGUUAUGUUUGGAUGUGGUAUGGCAUGUGGUUGGAGACAAGGUGGUGGUACAUCUAAACAUAUUAUCAGUAUGGGAUUACUAUACUCUGUGGCAGAGAUGACAAGACAAUUUGUCAGCUACCAUAUCGAUCAACGACCCAUGGCCAGUGACGAUCAUUUGAAGGUCAUUCUAGAUGCAUCAAUUGGAUUACCACUUACCUACAUGUACAUCAACAUGUUAAAGAUAUCCCCCAUUGCUAUUAUACCCUAUCACAUUGGUCAAUAUUUAUAUCGAUUAUAUUGCAAUGGAAUAUUAACCAGAAAAGCCCAAACCCAUUUACGAAAUGGUAGUGCUGGUGGUGGCAGUGUUUUAAUGAACCAAUUCAAACAAAAGAUCGUUGGCCUUAGAUGA